AUGGCGCUCACCAACACCAGCGGCGCGACCAGCAUCGCCCGCGUCUACGCCGAUGUCAACGCCAACAUGCCCCGCUCCUACUGGGACUACGACUCGGUCAACAUCUCGUGGGGCGUGCUCGAGAACUACGAGGUCGUCCGCAAGAUCGGCCGCGGGAAGUACUCGGAGGUCUUCGAGGGCAUCAACGUCGUCAACUACCAGAAGUGCGUCAUCAAGGUCCUGAAGCCCGUCAAGAAGAAGAAGAUCAAGCGCGAGAUCAAGAUCCUGCAGAAUCUGUCGGGCGGGCCCAACAUCGUCUCGCUGCUGGACGUGGUGCGCGACAACCAGGUUAGUGAUGGUUCCGACUGGGUUGGCGACUGGAGCAAGACGCCGUCGUUGAUCUUUGAGUAUGUUAACAACACCGACUUCCGCAGUCUCUACCCCAAGUUCCAGGACUACGACGUGCGCUACUACAUAUACGAGCUGCUCAAGGCCCUCGACUUCUGCCACAGCAAGGGCAUCAUGCACCGUGACGUAAAGCCUCAUAACGUUAUGAUCGACCAUGAGAAGCGAAAACUGCGGUUGAUCGAUUGGGGUCUGGCCGAGUUCUACCACGCCGGUACCGAGUACAACGUCCGCGUUGCCUCGCGCUACUUCAAGGGGCCAGAGCUGCUCGUCGACUUCCAAGAGUACGACUACUCGCUCGACAUGUGGUCUCUAGGCGCCAUGUUUGCCUCGAUGAUUUUCAGGCGAGAGCCUUUCUUCCAUGGCAACAGCAACACGGAUCAGUUGGUCAAGAUCGCCAAGGUGCUUGGAACCGAGGACCUGUUUGACUACCUCGACAAGUACGACAUUGAACUAGACGCCCAGUACGACGACAUCCUCAGCAGGUAUCCCAAGAAGCCUUGGCACUCGUUCAUCAACGCCGACAACCAGCGUUUUGUCAGCAACGACGCCAUUGAUUUCCUCGACAAGCUGCUUCGCUACGACCACCAGGACCGACUCACAGCCAAAGAGGCCAUGUCGCAUCCGUACUUCGCUCCCGUCCGACAGGCUGCUCAACAGAACAGCAGCAGCGCGGCUUGA